AUGAGAAGCCACCGGCGGAUAAGGCUGCUGAGGGAGCGGACAAGAAAAGCGCUGCUGGAGCCGAGAAACCAGGAGAGAAAUCGAAGAAAGACGACGCUGACAAAGACAAACCUGCGGAAGGCGCAAAGGAUGAGGAGAAGAAAGAGGGCGGCGACGAUGAGAAGAAGGAGGGCGGCGACGAGAAGAAGGAGGGCGGCGAUAAGAGCGAGAAGGGAGCGGAAGAAGGCAAGAAGGAUGAGAAGGAAGAAGGCGGCAAGGAAGAGGAUGAAGGCAAAGGCGAAGAAGGAGGAGAGGAAUAAUCAGAAUAUCACAUCUAUUCCCCACUUCUAUUCUCCCCUUAUCACCUUGUAAUGUACAUAGGAAACUACUAUCUGUACCCCCCUCUGAAUU